AUGAGCCAUGGUCGGUCCAAGAAGCAGCAGAACGGCCACAGCAAGGAGAAUGUCAAGAAAGGUCAGAUCAACACAGUCUUCCCGAUAUGCAGACCAGUCCCGAAGUGCGCGAAGAGUGACGUAGUCAACGGGAAUGGGGUGGUGCCGAGGUUUGCUUCUGGUCAAGUGGUACGACCGCGACCAGCGCAGUUAGUUUUUUAUUUGGUUUUUAUCAGGUUUAGGUAUAAAAAGGCGAAGGUGCCAAAUAAUACGUCAGUUUUUGGACCAAGCUCGAGAAUACGGUAUUUCCUCCAUUAUAAAGAUUUUUUUUUCAGCCAGCCCCGAAUAGUGACAUCCGUGGCCGAGUUUGUGUCGGAAGUGAUUCCACAAGGUUCAAACCAGAAUCACGUCCAAAACGAGCCCAUCCAAUGGAUUCGUAUUCAAAAAAUUCCGCUUGGUAAGUAUUUUUAUUUAUUUAUUUUUGACUUUAGGUAUCUCUAGAUCUAACGUGAGAAUCUUUGUAGAUAACCGCACGGAGACGUUCCUCGUUAUGAUCGGUCUUGCUCGCGGCUAUCAGAUCUUCUUGAUGAAAAGCUCCGGAGAAUGCGAGGAAGUCCUUUCUGAACGUCGUGGCCCGCUUCGCGUCGCCCAUCUCUUGCCCCACUCCAAUCGAUCCGAGGAUCAAUUCGAAAAUGAAAGGCCGCUGGUCGGUCUCGUCGAUGGAAAUCCCAUGGCCGCCGACAACAAGUUCUGCUCGGUGAACGUGGUAUCCCUCAGGUCAGGGAACACCGUACACACACUCAAGUUUGAUGAGCCGGUUCUCGAUGUGAACAGUACAAAAGCGUAAGCAUUGUUACGUAAAAGCUUUUAUAAUCUUGUUUGUUUGUUGUAAACUUGGCAGAAACGCUUUGUCUUUUCAGAUGUGUGGUUGUCAUCCUGUCCGAGUCAAUAGUCAUCUUCGACUCGAAUACUCUCCAAGAGAAGGCCUCGAUCCCGGUUACCUCCAACGAUGCCCCUCUCCCACCAGUCUACGCCCUUUCUGAUGUUCUUUUAGCCUUUGCGGAUAAGAACUUUAAUCGAGAGAUCCAAUCUUGUGGAGGGCGAUGUGAUGGAGACGAUCAGUCGUACAGUGGACAAGUAAUGAGUGCGGCCAAGUCAUUGUCCAAGACUGUGACUUCUCUCGGAGAAUCUAUCGUUUCUUCAUUCUCAAGCCCACAGGAUAAGAAGAAUGGCGUGCCAACAAAGAAAGGAAUCGUGUCGGUGAUCAAUACCUCAAAUGUCACUGAGUGUGGGGAUGUUGUGAGUUGAUGAAAUAAGAUUUGAUUCGAAAUCGAAACAAAUGAUUGAUCUCUUCGUUUCAGAAUGCUGAUUCGCAUUAUCUGGCCCACUUCAUUGCACACGAAUCCAAAGUCGGAUGUCUGGCCUUCGGUCAUGGUGGUAGAAUCCUGAUCACAGGAAACGAGAUCGCGACCACCUUCAACGUCUUUAUUCUCCAUCCCCAUCCCACCGCCCCCUCCCUCUCUUCUGUCCAACAUAUCUACACCCUACACCGAGGAAAUUCGGCUGCCAAAGUGAUUGAUACGGCCUUCACAAGUGAUAAUAGAUGGCUGGCUAUUGCCACAAAUCAUGGAACCACCCAUGUCUUCGCGAUCACUCCUUAUGGGGGUCCGGUUAACUUGAGGACACAUGGUGGGAAAUUUGUGAAUAAGGAGAGCAGAUUCGAAAGGACGGCGGGACUCACUCAGGAGAAUCAAGUGUCUUACAGCGUUCAUUCCAAGACACCCGCACCUGGAUAUCUUUAUAAGUAAGAGUUACCAAACUUUAACAAAGUAAUUUUAUUGUUUUAGGGACCACCCGUAUCUGAAACACCAGCUCUUGGCCAAGACUGUUCUGAAUCCCCGUUUGUCCAAGUAUCCCCCUCCAAUCAUCCUCUGGUCGCAUGCCAAAAUAAAACAGAAGGCGUUCUCGGCCGAGAACCUGAGUGCCUGGGCCACCGACAAUUCUCCGGUCCCAAUCUCUGGUUCCACUUGGUCUCCUCAGCUUGCCAAUGGACAACCGUUGGUGUUCGAGUCUCACAGAAGGAUGGCAUUGUGCUUUGGAACCGUCUAUGGAAAUAAAUGUGCCGACGCUGAUGUUCCCGUUCUGUUUGUGAUGAGUCCAGAUGGAACUCUGAGUCAAUAUAAGAUUGAUAUCAGAAGAGAACGGUUCAAUUCGAGUGGAUCUGUCAAUUCUUUGAAUGCUGAUGACUCCGGAAAAGGAGUGGAGGCUCCAAUCAGAGUUCGGGUGGUCGCUCUCAGUGAAUGGAGCCUUACCAGGUAUGUACUGAAUGCCUUGAGUAUUCUUCGUAUUAUUUUAGAUCUAAAGGUACGGUAGGGGUGGAUUUCAUUGGGCCUCCCCUUCCAGAAUCCUCCAGCCUGCUGGAGAUCACAAAUCCAACCAACGAGAAGAAGCGCGGGCGCUUCGCAAAGACUUCUCAGGGAUCGUGGCUUCCUCACGUCGAGAUUACAACUUACGCAGGUCCUCAUCGCCGUAUUUGGAUGGGUCCCCAGUUCACAUUCGGUGUCUAUGCAUUCACCGGACAUUCCAGUGCGGAGUUGGUAGGAUAAUUUUAUUUAUUUUUUUUUUGAGAUGGUUAUUUUUUAAAUAUUAUUUUAGGUAAGUCCCGGAGCGAACAACUCAGCUCUGCAUGUGUUCACAACCCCUCAGAAAUGUUGUCCAGUUCUCAUUGAGAAGAAUUCGAACAAUCUGAGUGGUCGGAAGGAUCAUCUGGAGAAUGCAACCCGAAUUGUCUGCGGAUCUUGGAACUCGGAUCCCAUCAUCUACGGUGAUGAUCCGUUGGCCUCAUUGAAGGAACAACUCGAGGAUGCCAUGCAGGACGAGCUCAAGUCCAAGGAGAAUCGCCUCGAGAGCUCGAGUCCAAGUUCGUCAAGUUCCAAGUGA